UGCCGCCGUGUGUCCAGUCGGCCAUGGGAUUUACCGGACAGAUACGACACACAGACGUCGCCGUGGUACCUGCACAGUUGGCGCCUUGAAACGUUUCGGUUCGUCAGUAAUAAAACGGACGUUUACUAUUCGAGUAGUCGCAAACGAGCGCGGUACGAAAAACCUCAUCAGUGUGCGCUUGUGAUUGUUGUCGUUUUAAUUAUUUUACCGAGUUGAACGCGCGCCGCAGUGUGACUUUGUCGUCGCCGCCGCCGAUCACCUCUCGUCCGCCAACAGACGUUGUUCGAUUGGUUUUUACAAUGCGUUUGUCGUGUUGGAGCGUCGUAGGACUGGCGUUGCUGGUCUCCGGCACGCCGUCAGUCUCAUCCGACGGCUAUCAGAGAUGCUUGCCCAAAGGCCCAGGUCUCACCAUCGAAGAGUUCUUGUCCGGCAAGUUUUACUUGUUCGAGCGACAACAGGCGUUCAGCAUUAAACUGUUGCAAACCGCCGUGGCUGCCUCUCCCAAACAGAAUUUAAUAUUCUCGCCGCACAGCAUAUACACCGCCCUUUUGAUCACAUACUUCAUCAGCGCCAACCGAACCGAGUCCGAGCUGAAAAGGUUUCUCAAUCUUCCACCCGAACAGGACAAGCUGAGCGUGCUACAAGCGUACCGUAUGGAGAGAUUGUUCCAAUCGAUGAGGUCUGCCAACACGAGCUCCGAUUACGAGUUCAGCUCCACGGAUCGGUUGUUCGUGUCGAAGAGAUUACCGCUGCAGAAAUGUCUGAACGAAGUAUUCGCUCAAGAAGUACACCCGAUGGACUUUGUCGUUGAUCCCGAACUGGCCCGUAUGUACAUCAACAAUUGGGUGGCCAACUCGACCAACGGACACAUCACAGAUCUGAUACCCGUGAGCCAUGUUAACUACAACACGAGACUAGUGCUGGCCAACGCAGCAUAUUUCAAAGGUUUCUGGAGUUCUCAGUUUUCGUCGGAAAGCACGAAAGACGAAGUUUUCUACACGUCGCCAAACGAGAACGCUCUAGUGCCUAUGAUGUGGCAGUCUGGAAUUUUCAAUUUGUUGAGUUCCGACGAAUUGGGAGCGCACGUGUUGGAACUUCCGUACAAGGGCGGCGACAUCAGCUUGUUCGUCAUCUUGCCGCCGUUCAACAAGCAACGUGGAAUAAGUCUGCUGACCAAGAGGCUCAACACCAACAUUCUGCAGGAAAUAGUCUCGUCCAACGAAUGGCGAACUCGGUCCGUCGAAGUGUCGUUGCCCAAGUUCAGCAUUGAGCAGACUAUGGACAACCUAGUGCCCUUGUUGGAACAAAUGGGCAUCGGCGACCUUUUCAAAGGCAACGCUGACCUGUCGACGUUGACGGGUGGCGCCAACGGGGUGUCCGUAGACGAAGCGGUGCACAAGGCCAAGAUAUCCGUGGACGAAGAAGGCACCAUCGCGGCCGCUGCCACCGCUGUCAUAUCGUCCAGGUCGUCCAGGCCAGUGGAACCGUACAAGUUCCGGUGUAACCAUCCGUUCGUGUACUUCUUGUUCGACAAAAUGACCGGUUCAGUCCUUUUCAUGGGAGUCUACAAUUCACCGAAGUCCACUUAGAACACACACGGCCAGUCACGGUGAUUUUUUUUUUCUUAUGUAAAUACCGACAAUUAACCGUAAAAUCGUUGUAGUAACGCGCUUGAUUAACUCGGACAGUCCACCUUGUUGUAAACGGGUCGCCGGAAAUCGCUGUCUAAAAAAUAGCAACGAUUCGCCUAUGACUCGGUUGUAUAUAUAAAUAAUUAUUACUAUUAUUAUUAUUAUUAUUAUUAUUAUUUUAUAUAUUUUAGUAUUAUUAUAUUAUUGUUGUGUUAUGUAUAAUUGUCACGUAGGUGACAAUAGGUAAUUAUGCGUGUAAAAUAAACCACUUGAUGAAUCCUAUGCUUACUAAUAA